AUGGCCAACGAACCGGCCCAGUCCGACGGCCUCAGUUUCCUCAGUGAAUCUUCCAAUGCGCCGAGCUCAACGCCGGAUGAAGAGAAACCCUCUGAAGAUGAUGAGGCUUGCUCGUCAAGCCACUCAAGCUCCGCGAGAUAUUCGGAAAAUCACGACUCAGAUGAGUCAGCCAUUGACACCCCAACCAACAACUCACCAGAUGCUCCCAUCCAGGCCACUACCAAGAAGGCCGUCGAACCUCCCAUCCAAGCGCCGUCAACCGAAGAUCUUGUCGAGACGGGUUUGAUCUUUGAGGGAAGCUCAAUCCCCCCCACCACCCGCUCAAGGUAUUGCAAACUCGGCUCACCAGACUCCCUCGAUCGCUCCCUCGAUCGUGUUAUUGGAUGGUCCGCCGAGCUCAUGGGAUUCAAACUCAGCUCACCAGACUCCCUCGAUCGCUCCCUUGAUCGUGUUAUUGGAUGGUCCGCCGAGCUCAUGGGAAUCCUCCGCGCCCGCAGAAGGACAGGCGAGACAACCUGUUUUCCCUGA